AUGACUCCACCCCCCGCCAAACGCCAAAAGCGCAAUGAAUACCGCAAGGCAAACACAGCGGUGGCAGACGACGCAAGCGAGAUCAGACUGCCUCAGAAGAAGUUUUACCGACAGCGCGCCCAUGCGAACCCAUUCUCUGAUCACCAGCUGAACUACCCGCUUAGCCCGGCGCAUAUGGACUGGUCGUCUCACUAUCCUGCGUUUGUGGAUCCAGAGCCGUCGCAUACGAAUCUGGCCGGGACUAGGAAACUCCUCAAGGAUGUCGAGGUCGUGGAUAUCGGGUGCGGAUUCGGCGGGUUACUUAUCGGUCUUGCGCCUCUGCUGCCGGAGUCGUUGAUAGUCGGCAUGGAGAUCCGUGUCUCCGUCCUCGAAUACGUGACGGCCCGCAUCCAGGCCCUCCGCUCCCAGCAGCAAAAGCUGCGGUCAUCAGCAAUCCCAUCCGAGUCCUCUCCUGCGGCACAACAACCACAGCAACAUCAUCAACAACAACUACAAGCCACCGAGACGGCCGCAGACGCAGCCUCCCCGAGCAGCCCUGACGCCACAGGCGAGACCCUCUCGCUCGUCCCUGGUAACUACCAAAACAUCUCCGCGAUCCGCAGCAACACCAUGAAAUUCUUCCCCAACUUCUUCGCCCGACACCAGCUCUCCAAGAUCUUCAUCUGCUUCCCGGACCCGCACUUCAAGGCGCGCAAGCACAAGGCGCGGAUUAUCUCCGAGACCUUGAAUGCGGAAUACGCGUAUGCGCUGCGCCCUGGGGGCCUUCUGUACACCAUCACCGACGUGGAGGAGUAUCAUCAUUGGGUCCUGAGGCAUUUUGGAGAGGAGGGUGCGGAUGCGGGGCAGAACGCUGGGGUUACGGAGCUGUUUGAACGGGUGUCAGACGAGGAGCUGGAAAAGGAUGACUGCGUGCGAGUCAUGAAGGAGGCGACAGAGGAAGGGAAAAAGGUGACCCGGAACAAGGGGAAUAAGUACGUCGCCGUCUUCCGUCGCAAAGCCGACCCUGAGUGGCCUGCUUGA